AUGCCCUCCUCCAUAGCAGGAAAGCCCAUCGGCCCCAUCGGCAUGGGCCUCAUGGCCCUCACGCACCCAGGAAAACACCCACCCACCUCCUCUGCCGUCGCCACCAUGAAAGCCGCUCUCACAGCCGGCUGCAACUUCUGGGACGGCGGCUGGUUCUACGGCACACCGACCUACAACAGCUGCCACCUCCUCGCCGCAUACUUCACGCAGUACCCCAAAGACGCAGACAAAGUCGUCAUCAGCAUGAAAGCGUGCUUCGAUAUGGCCACUGCCACGGCGCAGAAUGAUGCGAAGGGAGUGAAGGAGAAUAUCGAGAAAUGUCUCGCUGUUCUGGACGGAAAAUGUAAGAUCGACGUCUUCCAGCCCGCGAGAUUGGAUCCGGAUGUCCCCGUUGAGGAGACUGUGUCCGCGAUCGCGGAGUUUGUGAAGGAAGGGAAUGUUGGUGGUGUCGGGUUGAGUGAGUGUAGUGCGGAGAGUGUGAGGCGGGGAUCGAAGGUGUUUCCCAUCGCGGCGGCGGAGAUUGAGUUGAGUCUAUUCUCUACGGAUCCUCUUACGAAUGGGAUUUUGGAGGCUUGCGAGGAGUGCGAAGUUCCCCUUGUGGCGUAUAGUCCGCUGGGGAAGGGGUUCCUAAGUGGUGCGUUUCGCAGCAUUGAGGAUAUUCCCGAGAAUGAUUAUCGACGAACGUUCUUCCCGCGGUUCGCAAAGGAAGCGUUUGAGGAGAAUCUGAAGCUCGUCGAUGAGGUGGGCAAAAUUGCGGAGAAGAAGGGCGUUACAGUCGCACAGGUAGCGAUUGCGUGGGUUAGGGGGUUGGGGAGGAGUGAGAAGGCGCCGGUAGUGCCGAUUCCGAGUGUGAGUUCGAUUGCGAGGGUGGACGAGAACUUGAAGGUGGUAGAGUUGAGCAAGGAGGAGAGGAGGGAGCUUGAUGAGGUUUUGAAGAGGAUUGAGGUUAAGGGGGCGAGGGCGCCGGGGAGGUUCGAGAAGUUCUUGGAGGUUUGA